AUGACCGGACCCAAACCGCUGCUGUGCCCCUACAGCCACAGUUCUGCAUCUCUCCUUCGCCGAUGCUGUCGCGCCGAGGACGCUGGACACCAGAGCGGGCGAGUCGGUGGCAGUGAGCACCGGCAAGAUGGGGGGGCCUCACCCCUUCCCCCCCCACCGGGAGGCCGCAUCCCCGCGCAGGCGGAGCUUACAGCCCUCCUGUCUCCUCUUGCUCUUUGCAGGCUGACGCAGGUGAGAUGGAGUCGCUACAACCCCAGUUUCGUGGAGCCAGAAGUGAACAAGGAAUUGUAUCGGAAACCUUGGGACGAGCUGACUGAGGAGGAAAAGGAAAAACUGGAGCUUAAGGCUGUUCAACCCAUAAAAGCUGCUCCUCCUGCUGUCUCCACCUCUGUGUUCAGCGACCCUCUGAUCAGUAAAUUCACCAAUAUGAUGAUGAAGGAUGGAAAUAAAGUGCUGGCCAGAAGCCUCAUGGCUCAGACUCUAGAGGCCAUUAAGAGGAAGCAGCUGGAGAAGUACCACAAAGCUCCAGAAGAUAAGAAGGAGACAAUUGAAUGCAACCCUUAUGUCAUUUUCCACCAGGCUCUGAAAAACUGCCAGCCCAUCAUUGGGCUCAGCAGCAUCACAAAAGGAGGCAAAACCUACCAGGUCCCAGUCCCUCUGAAGGACAAUCGGAAGCGCUUCCUGGCCAUGAAGUGGUUAAUCACCGAGUGCAGGGAGAACAAGAACCGUCGGAUGCUGAUGCCCGAGAAGCUCUCCCAGGAGCUGCUCCAGGCCUUCAACAAUGAAGGACCCAUCAUCAAGAAGAAGCACGUGCUGCACAAGAUGGCAGAGGCCAACCGGGCUUACGCCCACUUCCGCUGGUGGUAAGGGACUCUGUGCAUGGGACACAACGCCACCAGCCCCGUGGCCUGGAGAGCAGAGGCCCAGGGCCACCUGCCUGGCAGAAGCUGGGGAGAAGAGGGAAAGGUGGAAGAUCCCUUCCAGACAGCUUCUGAACUAAGCCAGGGAAAGCUCAUCCGAUCCCCACAAAGUUAAUUUCUCUUGUGCCUGUUUGGGUGGCGGAAGGGGGAAUCUGAAAGAGUUACUGACCCCUGCACCGAUACUCUAUAGUUAUUUCAUAAUCACUUUCCUGUGAAGAGAAGCCUUAGAUGUUUUUCUUAGAGCAAUGCUGUACAAAAUAACCUUCCACUUACCUGUUUCCUGGGGACUUUUAAGUCUCUCUGCUCCUGUAAUCAGCCAUGUUUUUCCUUUUUUCACUGCACAGCUAAGAGCAGAGCUGGAUUUUUUUCCAUACUGUAAUCAGCCUUAGGGUGAUUGGUACAAAAUGCAAUAAAAGGCCCUUUUUGAUUUUUGGUUCUGGUCAUCAGCAACAUUGUCUGCACAGAU